AGGUGGGCAGGAGCCGAAGCCUGGGUGCUGCCCGCCCUCCUGCCUUCAUUUCCCAUCGUGCUGAGGCGGGUGGUAUGGCGGAGAAGGAUGACACCGGAGUUUGACGAAGAGGUGGUUUUUGAGAAUUCUCCACUUUACCAGUACUUACAGGAUUUGGGACACACAGAUUUUGAGAUAUGUUCUUCUUCAUCACCAAAAACAGAAAAAUGCUUGACAACAGAGGGACCUCAGCCGCCUCCCACCAGUGUCCUACAGAAACAAGGCAUCCUGUUGAAACUGAAAGAAACCAUCAAGAGUUGGACUUUUUCUUCUCAGCACAGUAAGAAAGAUGACUUACUCCACAAGUUGGACACCGGGUUUCGACUGGACUCGCUUCAUGCCAUCCUGCAACAGGAAGUCCUGCUACAGGAGGAUGUGGAGCUGAUCGAGCUGCUUGAUCCCAGCAUCCUGUCUGCAGGGCAACCCCAACAGGAAAAUGGACACCUUCCAACACUCUGCUCCCUGGCAACCCCUAAUAUUUGGGAUGUCUCGCUGCUAUUUGCCUUCCUUAGUUUGCUCAUCGUGUUUCCCUCGUGCUGGAUUGUGUCCUCCUGGCUGGUGUGGGGACUAACUCUAGUGUUUUACUUGAUCAUACGAGUUUUGAAAUUAUGGAGGACAGCCAAACUGCAAAUGACUCUGAAGAAAUAUAGAGUCCAUCUGGAAGACAUGGCAGCCAAUAGCCGAGCCUUCACCAACCUUGUGAGAAAAUCACUGCGUCUCAUCCAAGAAACUGAAGUCAUUUCCAGGGGAUUUACUCUUUUGCUUGACAGGGUCAGUGCUGCUUGCUCAUUUAAUAAGGCUGCCCAGCAUCCCGGCCAGCAUCUCAUCGGCCUUCGGAAAGCUGUCUACAGGACUGUAAGAGCCAACUUCCAAGCCGCAAGGCUAGCUACCCUGUACAUGCUGAAAAACUACCCCCUGAACUCUGAGAGUGACAAUGUCACCAACUACAUCUGUGUGGUACCUUUUAAGGAGCUGGGGCUUGGACUCAGUGAAGACCAGAUCUCGGAAGAAGAAGCUCGUAACCUGACAGACGGCUUCAGCCUGCCUGCCUUGAAGGUUUUGUUCCAGCUCUGGGUGGCACAGAGUUCAGAGUUCUUCAGACGCCUGGCCCUGUUACUUUCUACAGCGAAUUCGCCUUCAGGGCCCUUACUCACUGCUGCACUUCUGCCUCACCGUAUCCUCUGUGACGUGACUCAAGGUCUACCUCAUGCUCACUCUGCCUGCUUGGAAGAGCUGAAGCGCAGCUAUGAGUUCUUUCGGUACUUUGAAACUCAGCACCAGUCAGUCCCCCAGCGUUUAUCCAAGACUCAGCAGAAGUCGAGGGAGCUAAGCAACGUCCACACAGCAGUGCGCAGCUUACAGCUCCAUCUGAAAGCACUGCUGAAUGAAGUAAUAAUUCUUGAAGAUGAACUUGAAAAACUCGUUUGUACUAAAGAAACACAGGAGCCGCUCUCAGAGGCUUAUCCGAUCCUGGAGCAGAAACUAAAACUGAUUGAGCCACACGUUCAGGCCAGCAACAGUUGCUGGGAGGAAGCCAUUUCUCAAGUGGAUAAACUGCUCCGGAGGAACACAGAUAAAAAAGGCAAGCCUGGAGUGGCCUGUGAGAACCCACACUGCACCGCGGCGCCCUUGGUGCGGCCAACUCUACACAUUGAGGACAGAGACCCCAUCCCUGAGGAGCAGGAAUUAGAAGCUUAUGUGGAUGACAUAGACAUAGAAAGUGAGUUCCGAAAGGACGAUUUGUACCACUUGUCUCAGGAAGACAGAGAGAGACAGAAGCAUGAGCAGGAAGAGUCCAGGCGGGUUCUACAGGAGCUGAAGUCUGUGCUGGGAUUUAAGGCUUCAGAGGCAGAAAGGCAAAAAUGGAAGCAGCUGCUGUUCAGUGACCACGCUGUGUUGAAAUCCUUGUCUCCUGUAGACCCAGUGGAAUCUGUAAGUAAUUCAGAAACACCCAUGAAUUCAGAUACAGAAAAAGUCGAUAGUAAUGCUACUGAAGAGGAGACUAGUAAGCCCUGCGCCGGCGACAAGGAAGACAGUAGAACUGAGUAUGUGUGUGACAGCCCUCCAGAGGGGCCAAACAAAGACACCUCUGCAGACACAGGCCUCCUCCUUCUGGGGGCCGAGGAAACCGUGUGCUACCAGAGCGAGAGUGAGGCUAAGUCUCCUCAGGCUGCUGCUGCAGGGGCCACCGCCCCUCCGACUUCCAGGGACACGCUGCAGCUCUCCAUUAAGCAGAGGCUGGCUCGACUCCAGUUGUCACCAGAAUUCACCUUCUCUGCUGGCCUGGCUGCAGAAGUGGCCGCCCGGUCCCUGUCCUUUACCACCAUGCAGGAACAGACUUUUGGCGACGAGGAGGAAGAACAGCUAGUUGAAGGAGGUGAAAAUGAGGUGGAGGAAAAAUAAAAGCCAAGAUGAAGCGAUGGCCUUGAUUGUUCUUUUACAAAAGCGUUCUAGCUGCAAGACUGGAAAGGGAAAUGAGUGUGUGUUUACUCUCUAUAAGGCUACGGCGUCAAUUUACAGGGUGAAUACUGAUUUGAAAACCUGACCUGAAGCUAGUAGAUGCCUGUCUAGGCAGAUCCUUUAGGCAUAGGAGAGAAAGGUAAGGGCAUUUUUAAAAAAUAAACUACUGUUUUAUUUGUGGCAAAACUGAUCAUCUUGGCAAAUCUUUAAGUACUUUUAAUAAGAAAUGAAUUUAUCACUUUUUGCCAAAACUUUGCCGCCAUGAGUAACUGGGGUGAUUCUCUUACAGAGCAGAAGCAUUUAGAAUGAGCCCUUUCUACUGUGUCCUUGCAGUGUGAACUGCAGCGGUCGUGUUAAUACAUUGUUCGUACUUUAUUUUGUUUAUACCACUCGUAAAACAAAGAGACAGGUUCUAAAUAAAAGUAUUCAAUUACUACAACCCAUGUGUGCUGGGGUUUGGAACUGAAAAGUAGUUAGAAGGGAGCUCGGGCUACAGCGUAUCUCCGACAUUUCCUUUGCGCUCGUUUCAUGGGUCAUGCAGAGGUUAAAAGGACAAUAGCAUGUCCUCGUAGGAGACACCCCAUGGUGUCCAAGUGCUGUCACUCCAGCAAAGGCCCCAACCCCAGCCCUGCAGGAACUAGUUUACAUCAGUUUACUCAAAGACAACUGUGCCUCUGCUGUAAGUAGGUCCCGCGCUCUCUUCUAGCCAGGCCUGCCUUAACUAAGACUCAGGAAACACGUCAGCUAUCUUGGAAAGCAUCCUUGUCCGCUCGGGCUUCAUCGUGAAUACGUCUCGAGAUGCUUUCCAGAGACCAGUCUUGUCCGCUUCGUGCUGGGAUUGUGUUUUCAAUGAAAGUUUCAGAAACAGUCUCCUGAACCCUGUUGCCACUGUGCGCUCACAGUUUAUAGGCAUUAUUCUGUGAGGAAUGUAAGAAAGAAAGAAACAACUCGAUUGCUGCUGCUGUCUCAGGAGGAAAGCCUCUGACUCCCUGUAACUCACUGCUUUUAGCAGGAAGCUUACGUCUGCUCAAGGUUUGUUGUUUUCAUAACUGUCUCUUCUCCUGAGGAAAAUCUUCUCCUUUGUCUGGGUAGACUUUGCACUGUUCAUGAUUUUUGCCUUUGGCUGAGCUUAGCAGUGCAGCAUGGCAGGGGCAGUCCCUUAAGUCAGACGUGGAAGUAGCUUAAUUUCAAGAGCCCCACAAUGACGUCUGUAUUUCUGAGUAACACAGUUUUACUUUCUUACUUAAAUUACUGUUCGCCAACUCUGUUUCCCCCUAGAUUUAGAUUUUUCUUUUUAAAGAUUUAUUUAUUAUUAUAUCUAAGUAU